CCCCUUCUGGCCAUGCUUGUUGAUGACAGAGGUCCGUGCAUUGGCUCCAAGAUUAAAUAUUUCCUAAGGUAUGGUGGCAAUUGGAAGUCAAACAAGAAGGGUCUGUAUACGACUGUAUGCAUAACAAACGAGCAUAAUACAUCACAAACCUGCUUGUUUUGCUCCAAAAAGCUACUCAACCCCUAUCGUCUGGUACAAGGAAAAGACAAUACAGCUAAGCUUAAACAAGUAAAAGUCUGUGCUGGGAACAAAGAACCAAGGUCAAUCACUUGCAAUUAUGAUAUAUAA